AUGGCUAGCAAAUUCGGAAUCAACGCUAUGAACAAUGUCAAGACACCUAUAUCUGGCAAUAUUGAAGCUUCAACCGAACAAGCAACCAAUGAAGAGAUUCACGUAUAUCAAAAACUUGUGGGAUCAGCUCUUUAUGUUACUGUAAUGACUAGGGUUGAUGUGGCCAAAGCUGUCAACAAGCUAGCUAAGCACACCAAGAAUCCUUCAAAGGCUCACUUUCAGCAGAUCCGACGUGUCAUCCAAUAUCUCUAUAACACCCGCUCGUUAGUAAUUGAAUAUUCACCACUAGAGAAUGUUAAUAUGGACGCUUUCAUAUGUGCCUUAGAUACCUCAUCUGGUGACAACCCUGACCGUACAAGCUCUAAAGGGUAUUUAGUCCAAUUGUAUGGAGGCCCAAUUAACUGGAGAGCCACGAAGCAGCGCUUAGUUACGAUAUCAACGACUGAAGCUGAGCUCCGUGCAGCUACUGAAGCAGCUAAAAGACUUCAAUUUCAUACGAACCUCAAGCACGUUGAUAUUUACCAUCAUUGGCUCCAACAAGAAGUCUCCAAGAAGCGACUGCGUAUUGAAUGGGUUGAUACAAAGCGAAUGGUGGCAGACGGCCUUACUAAGGUCCUACAUGGACAGCAGUUCCUGGAUUGGAGAAAACACCAGGGAUUGGUGGAUAUAGCAGAUCUAGUGCAGGAAUAA